AUGAAGCUUCGAGCUUCUACCACCGCUACCGCCAAUCUCCGACGGUCCCUUCAGCAGAGUUCCUCGAAUGCGAAUAGGAGAUGGAUUGGAGCGCGAGGGAUAUGCAUACAAUCUCGCCAGGAAACUGGCGGUAGGAGCAGAGUCUUGGGAAGGCCUGCGGUGGCAGCGCGAAGCUUUGCUUCAGAACCUUUGAUUGCCGGCUCACGAGGACCCCAGAUAGCCCUCCCAGCGGCGUUCAUUGCUGGACAGAGGAGGAGCUUGGCUACUGUACAAGAUGCUACCGAUGAUCAAGGGCCUAUGCAGGAAUACAACAAACGUGUUAAAUCUGGCCGAUUAAGGGACGACAAACACCAAAGAGAUGUCCUUGAGAGAACCGCAAACGCUCAUGGGAUUUUAGGCAUCAUAGAGAAUCUGCAAAAUCUCCACGAUGAACUCAGAAAUUACACCGCGCCUGCAAUCGUCCACCCCACCCUCGAAAGUCUCAAGCCGGAGCACGUAUCGGUAUUUGGACGUAUGUUCGGAGGUGCACGAAAGGAGAAGAAACUGCAAGAUAUCCCAGAGAAUUUGCCCCGAGGCUUAUAUUUGUACGGCGAUGUGGGGAGCGGGAAGACCAUGUUGAUGGACAUGUUCUAUGAAACCCUUCCGAGCAGUGUCGCGUCGAAGACGAGAAUACACUUCCAUAACUUCAUGCAAGAUGUUCACAAGCGGCUGCACAAGAUGAAAUUGGAGCAUGGAAAUGAUAUUGAUGGCGUGCCAUUCAUAGCGGCAGAUAUCGCAGAGCAGGGGAAUGUUCUCUGCUUUGACGAAUUCCAAUGUACGGAUGUAGCAGAUGCUAUGAUUCUUAGACGGCUCCUCGAAGCCUUAAUGUCCCAUGGCGUAGUUCUAGUAACCACGUCUAAUCGACACCCGGACAAGCUCUAUCUCAAUGGUAUUCAAAGAGAAUCCUUCCUCCCAUGUAUCAGCCUCCUCAAAAAUCGACUCCAUGUUAUAAACCUCGACUCACCUACCGAUUACCGAAAAAUCCCCCGCCCACCCUCUGGCGUAUAUCACGCUCCAUUAGACAAGCAUGCAACGACACACGCUGAGAAAUGGUUCCACUUUUUAGGAGAUCCACAACAAGACGGGCCUCGAUCCGAGACGCAAACAGUAUGGGGAAGGGAGAUACAUGUCCCCAAAGUCAGCGGGAAAGCUGCCAUGUUCACAUUCGACGAAUUGAUUGGACGAGCUACCGGCGCGGCAGAUUAUAUCGAGUUGACCCGCGCUUACGAUGCAUUCAUCGUUACCAACGUUCCCGGAAUGACACACAACUCACGAGAUUUAGCGCGGCGUUUUAUUUAUUUCAUCGACGCCGUAUAUGAGGCGCGCGCUAAACUAGUCCUCACCACAGCCGUGCCCCUAACACAGCUCUUCCUCUCACGGGAAGAGAUAAAGGCCAAGGUCCAACAAGAUAGCGAAGACAAAAAGGGGCAAACCGAAGAAGGCGCCGACUUGGACGACACAUUGAGGAUGAUGAUGGAUGAUCUAGGCAUGAACAUGGAGAUGCUGAAGAGUAGUAACAUGUUCAGUGGCGACGAAGAGCGCUUCCAGUUUGCGCGAGCUCUGAGCCGUCUGGCUGAGAUGGGUAGCCAGGAAUGGGUAGAACGGGGCAUGGGUCUCGAGAAAGAUGGCGGCGUAGAGGAAAAGGAGAGCUGGCAACGAGUGAGGAGUCGGCGUCUAGAGGACACUAUGUGA